AUGGCCUUGAGAAACACCAUAAUGAUUUUCUUUGUGGCAACGGCUUGUUUGGGCGUUUGUUCGGGUGCUUCUUCAUCUAGUCCAGUUCACAGUGGAGUUGUUCAUAAAGUUGGCGACUCAUUUGGGUGGAGCAUCUUUGGUGAUUACAAGAAGUGGACUGCUACAAAACAGUUUCACGUCGGAGAUGUUCUACUUUUCGCUUAUGAUAAGGAAUUUCAUAACUUAAUGGAAGUGAAUGGAGAAGAUUACCAAUCUUGCAACAUAAAAACUCCUCUAGCUCUCCAUGCCGCCGGACUCGAUUCUAUCCUCUUGAUAAACCUGGGGACUAUUACUUCAUCUGCGGUAGAAAUUUCGAACCCGACUGGUAUGCUAUGA